AAAAGAUCGUGCUUGCCAUUUUUCCCGCUGAGCCGUGCGAACCGGACUGGGCCCGGGAGCCGCGCUUUAAAAGCGCCGGUGCCUUGCCCCUUCCGCCCGGCCAGCGAGCGAGCGCGCAUGGAUUUAGAGGACCUACAGAACUCGGAGGCAUGCGCGUUGAGGCAACGUCUGUUGGAGGAAUUGGAGGAGGAGCGGCGGGAGUUCGGGGAGGAUGGCGCCCAUCUCUUUCAGGCACCGCGCUUGGCGAGGUUCCUGCAGGGCAACAACGGAUCCAUCGAGGAGGCGGCUGCGCACUUCCGGCGGAUGCUGCAGUGGUACAAGGAGGCGGACAUGUGCAAGAGGAGGCAGAGUGUGGUGGACAAGGAGUGGAACGUCGAGGUGGUGGAGGGUGCCAACGAGCUCUUCGAGAUCAUGUGCAUAGACGUCAGCAAGCGGAUGCAGGAUGGAACCAUGCUUUGGUUGCAGAGAGAUGGCUUGGCCCAGAUCGAACGCAUCAUGAAGCUGGGAGAUGAGGAGCUGGCGAAGAGGUUGAGCCUGAUUUGCGAGCUCCGGGAGAUCCACCUGGACCGCCGCAGCGAGGAGCUCGGCCGCUUGUCGAAGAUCGUCCAGAUCCGGGACCUUACGGGUCUCAACAUCUCUGUGAUCCUGCGGAACCGUGCGGCUAUGAAGCGUCUUGCCGACGUCUUCAAAGUCGUCAGCACUGCUUACCCAGAAACGAUGACGAAGAUGAUCAUCGUGAAUCCUCCUGCGGGUUUCAACAUGCUGUGGAUGGCCGUGCAGCCAAUGCUCAACAAUCGGAUCAAGCAGAAGUUCGUGUUCAUCCCGGACGGUCCCUUCGAGUUCCCCCAGCAGUUGGCCCAGAUCGGCGGCCUUGGGGCCCUGCACGCGCUGGCGGAUCUUAGCCGGCGCCCAGGCGAGGUGGAGCUGGUGCCAGGGCGCUCACACUUCCACUACCAGGAGCUCUCAAAGGGCACCUGCGCACGCUGGGCCUUCCAGGCGCCCGGGAGUCUCCAGUUUGCGGUGAUCUUCUUUGAGUGCGCUGAGAGGGGCCCCAAGGUGCACGAGGUCUUCCCUACCCAGGCCGUGACAGGUGCGGUGUCGGGGCAUUGCGGGCCCUUAGGGCUCGAGGGCAUGCUCUGGUUCACCUGGUACAACGACAGCUGGGCAUCCACGUUGCAGGUGCUGGAUCUGAAGGUCUCGCUCCAUGAGGAGCCAGACGAGGUGGUGAGGCAUCCCUCCUCCUCCUCGGUGCUGCUGAGGAAGCAUUCCGCCAGCCUCACGGGCUCCGCCUUCUGCUGCAUCCCUUGGCUGGUGGGGGACGUUGACGUUUCGGAGGACGACGAGGUGGUGCGCCACCACCACGCGCGCUCGCCGAGCCCCAUCCGCGUCCGGCGACGCAAGGUGGUGGACGAUGAGCCCGAGAUAGGCGACAGCGACAGCUGGGAGGGCGGCCUCGGCAGCGACGCCUUCGCCAAGCUCGUGCUGCAGCUGGCUGCACUGGUGCUGUUACUGGCCACAGCCCAGACAGCGCGGAGCUACCUGGGCCGCGCCGGGCUUUGGCUUUUCGGCUGAGUCUGGGCCCAUGUCUUAAAAUAGGGGGCCACCAAAAUUGGUGGUGCUUCCUGUGGUUUA